GGAAGUGUGCAGCGCAGUGUCACUGAGCAUCUCAGCGGCACAGUUGAGCCCUCACCGGCCCCGGCACACACACUCACACAUUUACUCUCUCUCUCUCUCCCACAUUGCUCUCUCUCGCUCACACACACACACACACACACACACACACACACACACACACACACACACUCUGACGCGCUCGGCUCAGUUCCUCCGUGGCUGCGGCGGAGUACAGAGGAGUCAGAGAAGGAAAGAAAGAGAAGGAGAGAGAGAGAGGGAGGACAGGCAGCGGCGCGGACGUCAGGAGAGGGACGGAGUCACACAGAGAGAGGAAGAGACGGAGGCAGGGAGAGGAACGGGAUAGCUGGUGGCUCACACUCACUACUCAUCCUCACUUUUUCCCGGGACGGCCGCUGGUUUCAUGUCCAAGGAGGCAGAGUUGGAUGUGAGAAGCAGCGAGUGCGACCCAGUCCCAGCAGAGCCCAGCAGAGACCCGGAGUCGCCCAGGCCGCCCCCUCCUCCUCCUCCUCCGGCUCAGGUUAACCAACCCACCGGCGGUGUGAGCAUCCCGUCCAGCAGCCGGACUCACCCCAGCCUCAGCAGCAGCAGCGGUGGUGGUGGUCAGGGUGGUGUUAGCAUUGUUAGCAGUGCUGAGGGAGCAGGCAGCUCCAUGCAGUUCAGCACCAGACCGCCUAGCGCCGAGCAGCCGGGCUUCAUGGGGACAUGGCAGCAGCAGAGCACUGACAGCAACCUCCUCUACAGAAUGUCCCAGCAGGGUGCAGUAACGCGGCUUCCUUUGAAGGGCGACAGGUCGACAAUGGGCCGAGACCUGGAAGAGGCCAUUCGGUGCACACUGGUGAACUGCACAUGCGAGUGUUUCCAGCCUGGAAAGAUUCACCUGCGGACAUGUGACCAGUGCAAGCACGGCUGGGUAGCUCAUGCCCUGGACAAGCUCAGCACCCAGCACCUGUACCACCCGACCCAGGUGGAGAUCGUCCAGUCCAACGUGGUGUUCGACAUCAGCAGCCUGAUGCUGUACGGCACCCAGGCGGUUCCCGUCAGGCUCAAGAUCCUGCUGGACCGCCUGUUCUCCGUGCUCAAGCAGGAGGAGGUUCUGCACAUCCUGCACGGCCUGGGCUGGACCCUCAGAGACUACGUCAGGGGCUACAUACUGCAGGUCAGUGGCCGCCCCACACCGCUAUCAAGGCGUACUUACUCUCUCGCCGCUCCAAAAUGGAGCCCUUGCUGACAAUUUUCAGCCAUUUCUGAAAGUGGAGAAUAAGUCCACACCAGUGAUCACUAUCACCUUCACUUUUUCACUAAACACAGCCCACAAAUUUCUCUGACCGGCGCGGCUUUUCUGAGAGGAAUCGAUCGAAAGCAUGGCAGUGACAAUCUAGGCCACUUCAACCCCAUUUUCCCAACGUUUUCCCCGCUGUUACUCCCGCCUCGGUUCGCCCCCUGUUUUCCUGCCCCACAAA